CAUCGCGCUGGAACACGGUCACUCAGUCACCAAACGAGAUAUAUCACUUCGAAAACAUGUUUGCGUGACACGGUCCCUGCUCAAAGCCAUCAUGGCCGACGCACAGCCAUUUAACACGUUCAGCUCGAGCAGUUCCGCGAUGCGACGUGCGCCGCGCGGGAAUCGGCUUGCUACCGCCACCGGUCAACUCACGAGCGUCUAUUGGAUGCUUCGCGUUUCCCUUUGUUAUAAGCCUCGUUCACACUCCCUUCGAUUUACCAGAGUGUUCAAAACUUUAUCGAAUCAAAUAUCUUUCAAAAUAUUUGUCAGUCUAUAAUAAUAUUCGAAUUAAAAUUUACACAUACAUUUUGAUAGUUUCCAGAAAUGUAUAUUUCGUUCAUGCGACUUAUAACAUUGUCUGGUGGCGUCGAAAUUUUUAAGGCUUUCUUAACCUAUCAUUCUAUAUUUCAUAAAAAUAAAUCAAAGACUUUUUAAUUAUAUGGUAUCGUUAAAAAGUAAACAUGAAUAAAUAUUCGGUUACAGGUUUACAGCAAAAAAUUUUAUAUGUGUAUUUUUUAACAGUACUUAGGUUGAUAUUUUUUCAUCGCGUUAUGAAAACAUAGAUUUAAAAAAAAUGGAAUUAAUUGCAAAAUUUACAUUUAUAUAUUUGAUAGUAACUUAGAAGAAUUAAUGGUGAUAAGACUUAAUUAUACUUUCUGAUAUCAUGAUAGUAUUUACAUACGCUUAUGUUUUGUAUUUUAAGUGAUUUUAAUUUGCGCACGCGUCGCGUAUGCGAGGAUAUUUUAAAUUUUAAAUCUUUCACGGAGUGCAAGAAUUGGAAAUUAGUUGACAUUAUUAGAUGAUAUUGUUUAUUCUUUUUAUUUACAAUUUCGAUUAAAAUGAAGCACAUUUUAAUUUAACUAGAUAUCUUCCUAAUACAUUCCAACUUUUAGCAACACAAAAAGAUAUUUUCGCUAUUGGAAUUUUCUCAUGUAAUGUAAACAGGAAACCGAGUUCGAAAAAUUUUAACAAUAAUAUUACUAUUAUAUUAUGGAGACUAAUAAAGUAAAAAUAAAAUGGAAAAUGUAAAUAAAAAACUAUGUGUUAAUAUUUUCCGCUUGAACGGAAACUUAGGUUAGAUGUAUUGGUGCAACAUGUCGAAGCAACAAAUCUAAAGUUAGAUAUUAAUUCCAUUAAUUUGAAAUCAGUUAUAGCGAUGGUUGAUCGUAGAAUAUUUUAUUUAAUUGAAGGAAUCUUUGGUUGAAGUUAAAUCAUAUUCCCGCGUAUCGACAUGACGCAGAUUAUUGCAAUUCUUUCUGUGAUUCCUAGGUUAUCUUACCAUCUUCGAAUUCAACUUCCAAACUUAACAAUAUUUGACGUUUUGCCAGAAGUUGCAGAAAUAUUAAAAAUGUUUGGAGCCACCAUAUGGGAAGUGACAAGACCACCUCUUAAAGAGAACUUAUAUUAUCUUCAUGAACAUAGAACAAUUGCACAUUUGUCUGAAAUGCUAACAAAUUGUGAUUAUAUUAUUAAUAUUUUACCAUCUACAUCUAGUACUCUAGGUUUGUUAAACAAAAAUAUAUUACAGAAUUGUAAAAAUCAUGGCAAUGUUCUUAUCAAUGUAGGUUGAGGUACAGUAAUUAAAGAGAUAAAUUUAUUAAAUGCACUUGAACAACAAUGAAUUUCAGGAACAAUUUUAGAUAUUUUUAUAGAAGAACCAUUGCCAAAAGAAAGUAAAUUGUAAAUAUUAACACAAGCAAUUACAUUAAUUAAAACUAAAAUUUUUUCUUACUAAUAUAUUAGAAAAUAAUAGGAAAUAUUUUUAUGCAGGUUAUCUCAGGUGUAAUUCGUGCUAAAGAUGUAGCAAAAUAUUUUGUUUAAAAUUAUCGAAGAUAUAUUAAAAGUGCAAACUUGCAAAAUAUAGCAAAUUUACAAGGAA